AUGUCUAGCAACACCGGAACGUCGGGAUCCCAACAUGCCAGUCAAUUCCACUACGAGCUCUCCAGUUGUGGGAUGUUCAUAAACACGUACGACAAUCGUAGGGAUAGAAAUCUCUUGGCCACAAGCGAAAUCUGCCGUAGAGAAGAUGGAUCGUAUAGGGAGCCGACUCUUCGAUACACCGAAGGGGGACAGCUUUUCCACUUUAGGGACGGCCCCUCUGUCCAUACAGUAGAUCCAGAGUCACUGCAUCGUCUUGCUCAGUCUACGCCCCUUUCGGACGCUUCCUUGCUACUGUACAGACAACCACUUGAAAUAGCGGAGUUGUUUAAAGCCCAUCGUGUAGACUCUUCGUCCCUUGUUCCGGCAUCCGCGUCUGAACAGCAACCUCAAGAUGAGAGUGAAGAGGUUUUCAAGGACAAUGGACGCGACGUAUUUGACAGGACUCAAGAGGGACCGGAGAUGCCGGUCGAGCAAGCCGGUAGCUCUUCGGAACAGCUGGUGAAGGGGCGCUUCGAUCCCCUGAGUGCGGCUUUUCUGAAACAGCUGCCUAUGGCGAAACAGGGGAGGGAUCUCGAAGCAGCAGUACACCAGGCUCUUGGAAAUGGGAUGAAUAUCUUUACGUAUAAAUCGAAGUUCGGAUACUGCGUACAAUUGCUUCUUGGAACCGGCAACUCAGAGGAGGGGUCGAGGAACUUCGAAUAUGACGCUGUGGGCGGACACUGCCUUGCUUACGGCGACGUUUUUGAUCCCUCACAGGAGGACGCGCAGGAGGUUCCAAACACUGUUCACCUCACCGCCUACGUUGAUGAGCUCACAAGACACUCACGAAACCAUCAAGGUCCAAUUGGUGGAUCUGUUCACACCGGAUAA